AUGCUGGCCACACUGAAGAGACUGGAUUGGAGAAAAGCCAGACUGGAGGCCUGGAGACCUCUUAAGAUGCCAUAGGAGUAAUCUAUGGUAGAGAUGCUGGUGAUCUGAACUAAUGCUAAGUAACAUAUUUUGAGGGAUGAGAACUGAGGCACUUGAGAGGUUGUUACUUGUCCAGAAUCAUGCAGCUGGAUGAUGUGAGGCUCCUGAGUCUGGUCGACACUUUCAGAGUAGACGUUUCCAAGAGAUGAUUAAGGACACACAUCCGCGCGUCUGUACGUGCAAACUCGAGCAAUACAACAUAAAGCACUGAAGAUGGCGCCACUCAAAAGCAACUAGAAGCCUUCAUUUAUCAGGCUGGGGCUAGGGAAAAUCUGGCCAGUGUUGGAGAAUACAAAGCUAACCUUUGCAAUUCCUUGCGGUUCUACCAUUCCGUAGGUGCCUUCUAGACCAAGGGCCGCAAGUGGUCAAUUCACUAAAUCCAACCACAGUCACAGGCCGCUGCUUUGAGUUCACCACGCGGAAAGCAGCUUUUCCUGUGCUUCCUGCUUCCCCCGGAAGUGCCUUGCUACGGGAAGUGACGAAAGCCGGGUGGACCGAAGGUGGGGAGCUACCUCUUCCUCUCCACGCGGUUGAGAAGACCGGUCGGCCUGGGCAACCUGCGCUGAAGAUGCCGGGAAAACUCCGUAGUGACGCUGGUUUGGAAUCAGACACCGCAAUGAAAAGAGGGGAGACACUGCGAAAGCAAACCGAGGAGAAAGAGAAAAAAGAGAAGCCAAAAUCUGAUAAGACUGAAGAGAUAGCAGAAGAGGAAGAAACUGUUUUCCCCAAAGCUAAACAAGUUAAAAAGAAAGCAGAGCCUUCUGAAGUUGACAUGAAUUCUCCUAAAUCCAAAAAGGCAAAAAAGAAAGAGGAGCCAUCUCAAAAUGACAUUUCUCCUAAAACCAAAAGUUUGAGAAAGAAAAAGGAGCCCAUUGAAAAGAAAGUGGUUUCUUCUAAAACCAAAAAAGUGACAAAAAAUGAGGAGCCUUCUGAGGAAGAAAUAGAUGCUCCUAAGCCCAAGAAGAUGAAGAAAGAAAAGGAAAUGAAUGGAGAAACUGGAGAGAAAAGCCCCAAACUGAAGAAUGGAUUUCCUCAUCCUGAACCUGACUGUAACCCCAGUGAAGCUGCCAGUGAAGAAAGUAACAGUGAGAUAGAGCAGGAAAUACCUGUGGAACAAAAAGAAGGCGCUUUCUCUAAUUUUCCCAUAUCUGAAGAAACUAUUAAACUUCUCAAAGGCCGAGGAGUGACCUUCCUAUUUCCUAUACAAGCAAAGACAUUCCAUCAUGUUUACAGCGGGAAGGACUUAAUUGCACAGGCGCGGACAGGAACUGGGAAGACAUUCUCCUUUGCCAUCCCUUUGAUUGAGAAGCUUCAUGGGGAACUGCAAGACAGGAAGAGAGGCCGUGCCCCUCAGGUACUGGUUCUUGCACCUACAAGAGAGUUGGCAAAUCAAGUAAGCAAAGACUUCAGUGACAUCACAAAAAAGCUGUCAGUGGCUUGUUUUUAUGGUGGAACUCCCUAUGGAGGUCAAUUUGAACGCAUGAGGAAUGGGAUUGAUAUCCUGGUUGGAACACCAGGUCGUAUCAAAGACCACAUACAGAAUGGCAAACUAGAUCUCACCAAACUUAAGCAUGUUGUCCUGGAUGAAGUGGACCAGAUGUUGGAUAUGGGGUUUGCUGAUCAAGUGGAAGAGAUUUUAAGUGUGGCGUACAAGAAAGAUUCUGAAGACAAUCCCCAAACAUUGCUUUUUUCUGCAACUUGCCCUCAUUGGGUAUUUAAUGUUGCCAAGAAAUACAUGAAAUCUACGUAUGAACAGGUGGACCUGAUUGGUAAAAAGACUCAGAAAACGGCAAUAACUGUGGAGCAUCUGGCUAUUAAGUGCCACUGGACUCAGAGGGCAGCAGUUAUUGGGGAUGUCAUCCGAGUAUAUAGUGGUCAUCAAGGACGCACUAUCAUCUUUUGUGAAACCAAGAAAGAAGCCCAGGAGCUGUCCCAGAAUUCAGCUAUAAAGCAGGAUGCUCAGUCCUUGCAUGGAGACAUUCCACAGAAGCAAAGGGAAAUCACCCUGAAAGGUUUUAGAAAUGGUAGUUUUGGAGUUUUGGUGGCAACCAAUGUUGCUGCACGUGGGUUAGACAUCCCUGAGGUUGAUUUGGUUAUACAAAGCUCUCCACCAAAGGAUGUAGAGUCCUACAUUCAUCGAUCCGGGCGGACAGGCAGAGCUGGAAGGACGGGGGUGUGCAUCUGCUUUUAUCAGCACAAGGAAGAAUAUCAGUUAGUACAAGUGGAGCAAAAAGCGGGAAUUAAGUUCAAACGAAUAGGUGUUCCUUCUGCAACAGAAAUAAUAAAAGCUUCCAGCAAAGAUGCCAUCAGGCUUUUGGAUUCCGUGCCUCCCACUGCCAUUAGUCACUUCAAACAAUCAGCUGAGAAGCUGAUAGAGGAGAAGGGAGCUGUGGAAGCUCUGGCAGCAGCACUGGCCCAUAUUUCAGGUGCCACGUCCGUAGACCAGCGCUCCUUGAUCAACUCAAAUGUGGGUUUUGUGACCAUGAUCUUGCAGUGCUCAAUUGAAAUGCCAAAUAUUAGUUAUGCUUGGAAAGAACUUAAAGAGCAGCUGGGCGAGGAGAUUGAUUCCAAAGUGAAGGGAAUGAUUUUUCUCAAAGGAAAGCUGGGUGUUUGCUUUGAUGUACCUACCGCAUCAGUAACAGAAAUACAGGAGAAAUGGCAUGAUUCACGACGCUGGCAACUCUCUGUGGCCACAGAGCAACCAGAACUGGAAGGACCACGGGAAGGAUAUGGAGGCUUCAGGGGACAGCGGGAAGGCAGUCGAGGCUUCAGGGGACAGCGGGACGGAAACAGAAGAUUCAGAGGACAGCGGGAAGGCAGUAGAGGCCCGAGAGGACAGCGAUCAGGAGGUGGCAACAAAAGUAACAGAUCCCAAAACAAAGGCCAGAAGCGGAGUUUCAGUAAAGCAUUUGGUCAAUAAUUAGAAAUAGAAGACUUAUAUAGCAAAAAGAGAAUGAUGUUUGGCAAUAUAGAACUGAACAUUAUUUUUCAUGCAAAGUUAAAAGCACAUUGUGCCUCCUUUUGACCACUUGCCAAGUCCCUGUCUCUUUCAGACACAGACAAGCUUCAUUUAAAUUAUUUCAUCUGAUCAUUAUCAUUUAUAACUUUAUUGUUACUUCUUCAUCAGUUUUUCCUUUUGAAAGGUGUAUGAAUUCAUUACAUUGUUAUUCUAAUGCAUUAUCUGUAGAUUAGAAGAUAAAAUCAAGCGUGUAUCUGCCUAUACUUUGUGAGUUCACCUGUCUUUAUACUCAAAAGUGUCCCUUAAUAGUGUCCUUCCCUGAAGUAAAUACCUAAGGGAGUGUAACAGUCUCUGGAGGACCACUUUGAGCCUUUGGAAGUUAAGGUUUCCUCAGCCACCUGCCGAACAGUUUCUCAUGUGGUCCUAUUAUUUGUCUACUGAGACUUAAUACUGAGCAAUGUUUUGAAACAAGAUUUCAAACUAAUCUGGGUUGUAAUACAGUUUAUACCAGUGUAUGCUCUAGACUUGGAAGAUGUAGUAUGUUUGAUGUAGAUUACCUAUACUUAUGUUCAUUUUGAUACAUUUUUAGCUUCUCAUUAUAAGGUGAUUCAUGCUUUAGUGAAUUCUUCAUAGAUAGUAUAUAUAAAAGUACAUUUUAAUAGAAAGCCAGGGUUUUAAGGAAUUUCACAUGUAUAAGGUGGCUCCAUAGCUUUAUUUGUAAGUAGGCUGGAUAAAUGGUGCUUAAAUGGUAAUGUACUCCACUUCUUCCUAUUGGAAGAUUAACAUUAUUUACCAAGAAGGACUUAAGGGAGUAGGGGGCGCAGAUUAGCAUUGCUCAAGAGUAUGUUAAAAAAAGAAAAAAAGAACUAAACCACUGGAAAUAAUCAAAUGCAAAAAGGUAACAAAUUCAUAACUGGAGAGCAAACAGAAGAACAAGUAUGAUUUGGAUGAUAAAGCAUUGUUUUAAUGGUGAAAACUUCACAGAUCACUAAUGUUUCUAGAGGUUAACUUCAAGUGGGCAAGCUGGGGUUUUUAGGUAGUCAGUUGCCUAGUUCCUAAAGCCACAGUAUAGGAUCUGUUAAACUGAAUGUCUGUUGAAAGUUUGUUUUAGCUGCUUGGAGGCUUCCUUUUAAGACAAACUGUAUGUGAUUAAGUUGUUUUGAGGGAGCUGAAGAACCUGAUGUAGCCCCUGGCCAGAUAACUGCCUGAUUUCUCAGAUAUUAUUUCUCUGGGAAACAUUCUACAUAGCACAGGAGCUUAAGAGUGGCAUUAUCGUCUCGCCUUAAUUUCCAGAGAUUAUUUCUGUACUGAGAAUCCUGGAACUACUAUGCUAGGGAAUUUAAAGCCGCAUGGUCUGUCUUGUUUUCAUUUAAUUAUUGUGAAUACCUAGAAUCUUUCUAGGUCCUGAUUUCUCUUGCUUAAUCCAGUCUUUAUCUCUAACUGCCCCUUAUUUGAUCACCAUGUACUAGGAGCUCUGAUAGCCAGCUCAGCUCCUAAUCCUUGAGGCAACAUUCUUUUUCUAUUUGAACUUCAGUUCUGUCCUUGAAUCCUGACUAGAUAUUUCUUGCCCUCUGGUCUCAGAAUUCUCUUGGCUUUUAUUCCUUGAUCCACUUGCCAGUUUUAUCACUUUACCCUUGUUCCUCAUGGCUUCCCAUCAAGCCAUGGGUAUUAGGUGACAGUGUAAUUUAUUAGAUUCUGGUUUUGCCCAAAUACUGGGCAUGCUUUAAUAACAACUGAACCAUUUCGUUAUUUGGAUAGGCAUGGGUACCUUAUCAAGCAGAUUAAAAGGAUAUGGUACCCGUCCUUUAGAAAAGAACAGCUAAAACCUUGUUGUGGAUUAUGGAUUUAGCCUAAAGAAAAAUAAUCUGGCAUAAAUUAAGAGUAAGAGGGAAGAUUAAUAGAAAUUUCACUUCACAUAACUUAAAACAUGGCUAUUUCAAUAAAGGACUAAAGUUUCUCCUGGAUCCCAGAAUUCAACCUGUAUUUAUAAAUGUAUAAUGUAUUUAGCUACUUUUUGGUUUAAAUGAACUUGUUGGGUUAGCUUGGUAAAUGUUAUAAUUUUUACUAUUUUCUACAAAGAAAAUAUUUUCUAAUUUAAGUUGGAGCUAUCUGUGCAGCAGUUUCUCUACAGUUGUGCAUAAAUGUUUUUACUAUAAAAUGAGCUAAUGUAUAAAAUACUGCUGUAUACCAUAAUAAAGAUAGUAAUACUUGA